AUGGCGUUCACCGACCCCAUCCAACGCAGCCGGGUCAACGAGACCGAUCCCAGCCCGUACGAUCAGAUCUUUGUACUCAAUCAGCAUAUCAUCAACGAAGGCUUCAAGGCAUGCUUGAUUCAGUUGCGGUCUACACCUCAAGGGAGAGAGAGCAAAUUCGUCCAGUACAAUCUUCAGGGGUGGAGGCUGACGUUCAAGACCAGAAUUGGGGAAGGAGAGCAUGCUACCUUUGCCCCGUCGAACAUUGACUACGCCCCAUACGCAUGGAUCGACCCUGGUCACCCGUCCGUUGCGAAAGAUGGCUCGGAUAAAAAUGCCCUUGCGAUACUUACCUACGUUAACAGAGCCAAAGGUAAUGGCUAUGAGCCAGCAGGCCUGCGACACCAUGGAGUAUUCACCGAUGAAGGCGCGGCAUUUUGCAUGAAUCAGGACCUUUUUUGGGAGAUUUACCUGCUACCAGCUUUGCAGUUUAUUAACAAAAGCACUGAGGUGGUUCCUCAGGAUCCACCCACUAAAUAUAGAGUUGAAGUAAAGUAUGCCCUAGGCAAGAGCGCAAAGCCUGGAAGCGACGCAGCGUUUCGCUGGAAGCGCCAGAUAAAGAAUGAGCAAACAUACUGGGCUUGGAAGGGAGGUCAAAAGGAGAGAGUGACCAAGUGGAACGAUGGCAUGGUUACUUACUACCAAUAUACGCAGGAUGCUCAAUCAUCAACACAGGUAACAUUUAGCCCUGGGGGGCGGGAUAUUCACCAAAUUAUCGGAGUAAUCUAG